GGUCUACCGGACACUCGCAGGUUACCGUCAGCAGCGCGUGACCGGCGACAGCAGUGCGCGUGCGGGGAUAUUCGGUUCCGUUCCUCAGCCUCAGCGAACCGAACCGAACACACCCGGUAACCGACCGAUCCAGCGCGAUGAGCGGCGGCGUGUACGGCGGAGAUGAAGUGGGUGCUUUGGUGUUUGACAUCGGCUCCUUCUCCACCAGAGCAGGAUAUGCAGGAGAGGACUGUCCAAAGGCAGAUUUCCCUACCACUAUAGGAGUGAACGCUGAAGAGGAGGGGUCACCUGACAUGGGAGCGGAGCAAGAGAGCAACAGUGGGCGGAGUUAUUACAUAGACACCACAGCCCUGCAUGUGCCGCGGGCGGGUGUAGAACUCAUCUCUCCACUGAAGAACGGCAUGAUUGAGGACUGGAAUGCAUUUCAAGCCAUAAUCGACCACAUCUACAGCAAACAUGUCAAAUCGGAGCCCAGUUUACACCCUGUUCUGAUGUCUGAAGCUCCUUGGAACUCACGGGCGAAGAGAGAAAAGCUAACAGAACUCAUAUUCGAGCAUUACAACAUCCCCGCCUUCUUCCUGUGCAAGACCGCCGUGCUCACUGCCUUUGCUAACGGUCGAGCCACGGGCCUGGUGCUGGACAGCGGAGCCACGCACACCACUGCCAUCCCAGUGCAUGAUGGGUACGUCCUGCAGCAAGGGAUCGUCAAGUCUCCUCUGGCCGGAGAUUUCAUCACCAUGCAGUGUCGAGAGCUGUUUCAGGAGAUGAACAUCGACACGGUUCCUCCGUACAUGAUCGCGUCUAAGGUAGCGUGUCUCUUGCGAUUCUCCUCAGUGUGUGUGUGGUGUUCAGUCUCUCAGUCUGUGUGUGUGUGUGUGUGUGUGUGUGUGUGUGUGUGUGUGUGUGUCCGUCAGGAGCCCGUGAGGGAAGGAGCUCCGCCGCUCUGGACCAAGAAGGACAAACUCCCUCCCGUCACCAAGUCCUGGCACACGUACAUGUGCAACGAGGUGAUUCAGGAUUUCCAGGCGUCGGUGCUGCAGGUGUCUGACUCUCCGUAUGAUGAACAGGUUGCCGCUCAGAUGCCGACGGUGCACUAUGAGAUGCCGAGUGGCUACAGCACAGAUUACGGAGCCGAGAGGUUACGGAUCCCCGAGGGCCUGUUCGAUCCGUCCAAUGUGAAGGGUCUGUCCGGUAACACCAUGCUGGGCAUCGGACACGUGGUCACUACCAGCAUCGGCAUGUGUGACAUCGACAUCCGGCCGGGUCUGUAUGGCAGCGUGAUUGUGACCGGAGGAAACACACUCCUGCAGGGCUUCACGGAGAGACUCAACAGAGAACUGUCUCAGAAAGCACCGCCGAGCAUGAGACUGAAGCUGAUCGCCAGCAACAGCUCCAUCGAGAGGAGAUUCAGCUCCUGGAUUGGAGGAUCAAUCCUUGCAUCACUGGGAACCUUCCAGCAGAUGUGGAUCUCAAAGCAGGAGUAUGAUGAGGGAGGAAAACAGAGCGUGGAGAGAAAAUGCCCCUAAGCACACACACACACACACACACUCUCACACACACACACACACACACACACACACUCUCUCUC